UGAUGAAUAAAAUAAAAUAUCGAAUGAGUGUCUUUAAUAGAGAUUAUUUUAUGUUCAUAGAUCAUAAAGGAUUUCUAUAUUUAGAAGAAACUGAACCUAAAAACUUUACAUCAUGUAUUAAGGAUGUCAGAUUUUUUGUAUUAUUUAAGAAAUAAUAGUAGUAAUUCUUUUAUAAGAACUUGACUAAAAAUAAGACUGGAAGACAUGCAGAUUAUAGAUUUGUAUCUAAAUGUUGGGGAGAAUUCAAUUUUGUUAAAGUAUAAUCCACUCCAAUAAUAUAUAAUGAUAUUUAACUUGUAGAUAAUUAAUGGAAAAUAGUAAUAUAAAUGAUAUAUAUUAGAUAGCUUAAAAUGGAUAUUCAGAAAACUUUGAAGCAAAUUAGUUGUUUAUAAAGGAUAAUUUACUUUAUUAUAAAGUAAGUCUAAAUGAUCUUGAAUUUGGAAUAUUAUCAACUGAUCUAGCUAUCAAAUUAGGAGAUAAUAUUAAUGAAUGCAAUACUUUUAGAUGGGAUAAUAAUGUAUAUUAGUUAUGA